CUAUAAAUAAUAAUAUUUUAUUUUGACGGAACCAGAUGAAAAAAAAACAUGAUGUUGUUUGUUUACAUUCUUAUCACAAAUCGAAUUGUCAAAAUAUUGAAUUAGCACUAUGUGUGUGAACCAAGCCUUAUGACAUAUGAUGCUCAUUCCAUUGGUUUUGGAAAUGUCAUAAAUGUUGUCGCUUCACACGGAUAUCACAUUCUACGUUGUAAAUAACAAGUCGAACAAACCAAACUUAAAUUUGAUUACAAUACAAACUAUUGCAGUGAAAAAACAAAUUGAACGUUUUAAUUAGACUACGAUUUCGGUGAUAACUCAUUCCAUUUUCGGUACGCGUUAUUUUGAUAUUGAUACAAUCAUGUCUCCAUGUAUCACAUCGACACCUUAUGGCUCCGCUUAUCUCUCAUUGGAAUUGUGUCCUGCUAUACUAACGACAAAGUUCAUGGGUCAUACGCUUCGGUAUGGUUGGCCACAAAACAAGCUUUUCAUUCGUAUUAAAAACAGACGACUGAAAGUUUUCGAGCGUAGCGGAUGUAUUUGCAGUGUAGCGUUGAUGAAUUUGGCUUUGAAAUAUGAGGAAAAAUACAAAACCAUUCGGGAUAGAAAGGAACGAAACAAAGUUAAGUUUUCCGUCGAUGGUGAGGAUUUCAAAUUGACAUUUUACAAUCAAGACACAUUCAAUAAAUUCAAAGAAUGUUGUGAAGAAGCACAAAAACCAUCAGUGCCAAACAACAGUGCUGAAGUGAAAUCAUUUGGCGAAAAUUCCCCUCAAAAUCACCAGGCAGGCACAUCAACACAAUCACCAAACCACGAAAAUGGCAAAUCAGCCGACAAAAAAUGGGACGAACUCAUCCGAAUGAUAGAAAAUGUGGCCGCUUCAAUCGAAAUUAUGGCCUCUUCAAUCCAAAAUGUGGCCGCUUCAAUCGAAAUUAUGGCCUCUUUAAUCCAUGAGCUGUCACCAAAUCGUUCUAUUAACAGCUCAAUCAAAAGUAAUAACUCCAUUAAAGAAUCGAACGAUUUAUUUUCUUGGACAGAUCAACAAGGAGAAGGCGUGGCUGAACAAUGACAGGGAAACAAAUCACACAAAUUGACGAAUUGAAGGAUUAACGCUUUAACAACAGCUUCAACAACAGCAAGAACCACAGCCAGAACAACAACCAUCAAGCAAUAUAACGGGCAAUGCAAACAAUGUCGAAAUGAUUCGGAGCAGAAUGAAUGAAUUCUACGUAAAAUUAAACCAAACCGUUGAAGGAAAAGAAACGAUGACAUCGGCUGAAAUACUCAAAUUAACAGCUGAAAUCAUUCGAAAAGAAAUAAAGGCUGCAUUAAACUCCAUUUGAUUAUAUGUAUUAUCGUCGUGAACGGCAUUUUAUUUCAUUUUGAUUUAAGAUUAAGUUAUCAAGUUUGUCUUUUAAUGAUCAGUGCGGUUAAAUUUAAACAAACAUCGAAAUUAAAGUUUUGAAAAAUUGUUA